AUGACGAAAACAAUGAAAUCGAUCCCGUUAGAAGUACUCAGAAUGAUCCUCAAAAUCUUAUCGGCGCCGGACUUAAAACAGUUACGAUUGGUAUCGUCGAGACUCAAUCAGGAAGCAUCAGCAGUCCUCUUCCAGAGAGUGUACGCCUCUUCUCAUAGAGAAGACCUGGAUGUUCUAUCGGCUAUCGCGAAUCAUCCAACAUUAAGCCGACACCCUCGCGAACUUGUGUACGUGGGUGUUUUCUAUGCCAGAGAUAAAAGGGUAGAAUGUCUUAGCUAUCUGGAAGGAUUGGAACGACAAGAUGAGAUGAUGACAAGUGGACUGGAUGUAGACAUCAUAACCUCGGCUUUGAUUAAGCUACCGCACAUCCGAAAGCUCACUUUCACCAACCAUUGGUGCUGGAAAUCUAAUCCCCCAAUGGCGAAAAACUUUUUCCCUGAUUAUGAGGAAAGGCCAGGUGGAAACACCCUGACCAUACCUCAAAAUGAGACCCUGUUUGACCACGGCUUCAAGGUUAUGUGUCGAGCACUAUCCAUCUCUGGUCGUGAAGUUGAAGAGCUCACAAUGCACUAUUUCAGCGAAAAGGGUAGCGGUCAUGGAGAUCGUGACGAACCGUGGAAUUCAGGCUUCUACUUUAGCUCUCUGCCUCAUGGUGCGGUCGAAAUCGAACGUGCUUGCAAUGCCUUCCGAAGCAUGCGCAAAAUCGAAUUGAGCCUUUCUUAUACCUGGGAUCCCGAUUUGCCGGACUUUUGGGAGGAUGCUUGUGCAGGGUUAGCAAAGGCUCUAGGCGCAGCUACGGAAUUAUGCGAAUUGACGUUGAAUUUCAAUCAGGAUGAGUUGGAAGACGAGCUCAGUCCGCGCUCCGAGGCUAACGAACUGCCAUUAACAGCCGCCCUGACAGCUCAACCUUUACCAAAAUUGCGUACAUUGAGACUGCGCUACAAGUAUAUGCAAUGGGAAGAACUAGUUGCAGUGCUGAAGCCGCUCUGUGGCACCGUGGAAACAUUGGAGUUGGCAUCUAUCUAUUUAAUAAACGGAAGCUGGCGAGAAACUGCAAUGGAAUUACACAAACUUGAGUGGAAAAAGCUGGAGUCGACCAACUUUGUCGAUUUAAGAGAUGGAUAUGAUAUUAGUGGUCCUCCACCAGAGGACAUCCAGGACGACCUUAGCCGUCUCUAUUAUGACAGGUGGGACGGAGUUGAAGACUGCAUGCGCCGUGGCGACCCGAAUCUAAUUUCCGUUAACUCCAACAGCUGGAUUCCUGCAGGUCCAGCCGAUGAUUACUGCGAAUCUUACGUUGACUACAACGAGGAGAUCGGACGCUGGCGUCUCAGGGCAUGAUCUUGAUUUUCAUGAAUGCAAGCUCAACAAUCUACUUGCAUAGACGUCUUUCGGGGAUCUCCAAUCAUAUGCUGAGGAGAUUUGGUGUAGGGGAGGAGGAUAGGUUUCUCUGAGAAGGCGGGAAAUGAGGGUUAUGAGGAAACAAAUGAGAUAG